GAAGGGGGCGUGGCCUAUGAGGAGCUGGGUUCGGGUGCUCUCAGAAAAGGGUCCGUGUUCGCCUCUGCAGAAAUGAGCCUCGGCUUUGGGUUCCCCCUUUUCUUUUGCGCGGCCCUGGCUCUCUCUGGGCUCUGUUUGGGCCCAAGGCCUGCCUUCGCCCACGCUCCCAGGCCAGCCGAAGCUCAGUGCGAAGUGUGUCAAGGCUUUUUGGAAAAUGUUUACAAUUCUUUGAAAGAAAAGCAUUCAGAUUUUUCUGUGGCCUCUAUAGAGAAUGAAUUAAUCAGGAGCUGCAUGAAUACGAAAGGAAAAGAAAACCGCUUGUGCUAUUACCUUGGGGCCACAAACGAUGCCGCUACCAAGAUUAUUACUGAAGUCAGCCGCCCAAUGAGUGCUCAUGUACCUGUGACGAAAAUCUGUGAGAAGCUCAAGAAAACGGACAUUCAGAUUUGUGAGCUCAAAUAUGAAAGAAAACUUGACUUAACAUCAGUAGACCUCUCCAAGAUGAGAGUGGCUGAGCUGAAGAAAAUCCUGGACGGCUGGGGGGAAGUGUGCAGAGCUUGCAUUGAAAAAACAGACUUUGUGGAUCUGAUUAAGGAGCUUGCAUCAAAGCAUGCAGCUUCGGCAUCCAGAGCUGACCUUUAAUGAAAUUGUUCUUGAUCCAAGUAUAUACCUAUCUAAUACCUGGUGUUACAUCCUGAAACCUAAGUGAAAGUGAAGACAUGGUUUGACUUAACUAACAAGAACAAUUCCAAGAAAUUGGUAUUAAAUACAUGUUAAAUGAA